CAACUUCUAAUUCAAAAGAGCCGUGAAGUAAUUGGCUUAGUUCAUUAAUGCGUAAAUCUCUGUAAGCGGACGACUUGUUGAGGAGAGAAUUCGCGGCGGCGCGUGCUGAUCCCUUCGCCGACCAUUACAGUAGAGUGGCAGAGUUUUCAAUUAUUGCGGUCUUAGGGCUUGAAAAUUUUCCCGUUCUUUUCCGGAAAUUUGGCCAUUCUUGUGAUGGAACUUUUGGAUGGCCGAUUUGAGCUCAAGGAGAUUGCCAAGCUUGAAGGUCAUACUGAUAGGGUAUGGAGUCUGGCAUGGAAUCCGGCCACCGGAGUUGGAGGAAUUCCACUUGUUUUUGCUUCCUGCAGCGGCGAUAAAACCGUCCGUAUCUGGGAGCAAAGUCCCUCCUCUGGUUCGUGGAAUUGCAAGGCAGUUUUGGAAGAAACACAUACUAGAACUGUGAGGUCGUGCGCUUGGUCACCAAAUGGUAAAUUAUUGGCCACUGCAAGCUUUGAUGCCACCACGGCUAUUUGGGAGAAUACAGGGGGUGAUUAUGAAUGUGUUUCCACUCUAGAGGGUCAUGAGAAUGAGAUAAAAAGCGUAGCUUGGAAUGCAUCUGGUUCUCUGCUUGCAACAUGCAGUCGAGAUAGAACCGUUUGGAUUUGGGAAGUAUUGCCAGGAAAUGAGUAUGAGUGUGUUUCUGUGUUGCAAGGACACACACAAGAUGUAAAAAUGGUUCAAUGGCACCCAACCAUGGAUCUUUUAUUUUCAUGUAGCUAUGACAACACUGUUAAGGUUUGGGCAGGUGAUGAUGACAAUGAUGAUUGGCAUUGUGUUCAGACUUUAGAUGAAUCUAACAAUGGUCACUCUUCUACAGUUUGGGCUCUUUCUUUUAAUGCAACUGGAGACAAAAUGGUCAGCUGUAGUGAUGAUCUCACCCUUAAAAUUUGGGAAACAGAUGAGACAAAGUUGCAUUCUGAGGCUGGCUAUUCACCAUGGAGGCAUACUUGUACUCUUUCUGGUUAUCAUGAUCGAACAAUUUUCUCUGUUCAUUGGUCAAGGAACGGUAUAAUUGCUAGUGGAGCAGCUGAUGAUGCUAUCCGUUUGUUUGUGGAGAAUCAAGAGAAAGGGAUUGAUAGGUCUUCAUUUCAGUUGCUAUUUAAGAAGGAGAAGGCCCAUAGCAUGGAUGUAAAUUCAGUGCAAUGGAGCCCAGGGGAGAAGGUGCUUCUUGCUUCAGCGAGCGAUGAUGGUACGAUAAGAAUAUGGGAGCUGGUUCCUAUUUCCUAAUUCCUAAAUUGACUUUUCAAAUCAUGUUUGUGCCAUAGUAUUUUUAUUUAAUAACCAAAUAGGUUUCAUAAAUUAUGUGAAUUAUAAUGUUCAACCAGUUAGUAAAGUACCCAUAAUUUAAAAUUCCCUAUGUUUUGGGGCAUCCACUCAUUUCUCUCUCUUCCCGAUUUAUGAGAUCUUUAACCUCUUGGAUGAUGAACCAAGAGAUCAAGCAGAGUUUGUUUUACUUUGCUGAAUGAUCUUCCAAACAUGUCAAAUCCAAACCUUAACAGAAUUGGAUCGACUAUUCAAAUGUUUAAAUGUCUUUUUAUUAAUAA